AUGGAGGAGGAGGGCGGCAGUGGAGGCGGGGGAGUGAUACAAGUGAGCUUCACGGACAUGCACGACUUUAAGACGCUCGUGUCACUGCAAGAUGCCAUUGUGCUCAACCAGGUGGAGAAGAGAGCGCAGGAGCGGAGCCGCGUCUGGUGGAGCCACGAGGCCAACAGAGGGCCGCACUGGUUCCACGUGGAGGACGGCACACAGGCCGCACGCACCCACGCCGCCAUCGCCACCAACCCGUCUCUCCACACCCCCGCCUCGCGCUCCCUCCCCCACUCCCACACCCACUCCAUCUCCCACCCCCACUCCCACACGCACUCGCACUCGCUCCCUCACUCUCAGCCCCACUCACGAUCCCAUAGUCUGUCUGUGUCUUCUCUCUCUAAUUGCCUUAGCGAGGCUUCCAGCAGAGAUAGUUCGUGCCAUGGUCCUGUGCAUCUCUCCGCCUCCUCCUCUGCCUCCUCCCUGCCCUGUCCUGCCACCCCUGCCACCUCUGGUGCUGCCACUGCCACUGCAGCAGCAGCCACACCAACGGCUGCUGUCGCCAUUCCGUCCGCCACUUCUGGCCCUCCUCUGUCUGCUGUGCGAGCACUCAUCUCCUCCUCCUCCGCCGCCGCAGAUCUAGAUGCUUCCUCCCCACCCUGUGCCGCCUCCCCUCCCUUAGGCUGUUGUAUAGCUGCCUCUGCCUCCUCGCCUCUCCUCUCCUUCUCCCUUACCAACCACGCCGACUCAACAACCCCUUCCCCGUCCCCCUCCCCCUCCUCCUCCCUCUCCGCCUCUGCUUCAACCCCCGCCUCCUCCCUCCAACCGCGCACCUCCUCAGGCUCCUCCCCAUCGCCCUACAGACCCUCCGCCUCCCCCCUCCGCACACGCCCCCACGCGUCCUCCGUCCCCUCUCGCCACUCCGCCUCCCCCCUCCGCUCCUCCCGCCACUCCGCCUCCCCGCUUCGGUCCCGCCACUCCGCCUCCCCUCUCCGCUCCCGCCCCUCCUCCUCCUCUACCUCCGCCUCCUCCCGCCCGUCCUCCUCCGCUUCCUCCACCACACCCUCGCUCACAAGCAUAGCGUUUGGCAGCGGGGCGGUGUCGUCAGCAACGCUCAAGAGGCUGAUAAGGAAGGGGAUUCCCCCGCACCUGCGUGCGCGCGUGUGGAAGGCGGUGUCAGGGGCGGGGCGCAAGCAGGCAGUGGCGCCGGUGGACUACUAUCAAUGGCUCGUGGAGCAGACGACAGGCAAAGAGACGGACCACACUCUGCAGAUCGACAAUGACCUGCACCGCACGUUCCCAGGGCAUCCGCGCAUGGACACGGCAGAGGGGCUGGCAGCGCUGCGCCGAGUGCUCGUGGCAUACUCCUUCAGAGACACCCACGUGGGCUACUGCCAGGGCAUGAACUAUGUUGCAGCGUAUCUGCUGCUGGUGAUGCGCAGCGAGGAGGACGCGUUCUGGAUGCUGGCGACGCUGGUAGAGAACGUGCUGUACGACGACUGCUUCGCUGAGGACCUCUUUGGCGUGCACGUGGAGCAGCGCGUGCUCAAAGACCUGCUGCACCGCAAGCAGCCCAAGCUAGCAGCGCAUCUGGACGCCAUUUACUUUGAGCCGUCGCUCGUCACCACCGAGUGGUUCCUCUGCGUCUUUGCCAAGAGCUUCCCCUCCGAGACGACGCUGCGCGUGUGGGACGUGCUGUUCAACGAGGGAGCCAAGGUGCUCUUCCGAGUGGCGCUCGCACUCUUCAAGAUGAACGAGGCGGAGCUAUACCAGGCGGCGCAUGUGGGGGAGGCGGUGGAGGUGCUGGUGCGAUCCACAGCGCAGCAGUACGAUCCCGAGGUGCUGCUGCAGGUGGAGGUGCUGGUGCGGUCCACAGCGCAGCAGUACGACCCUGAGGUGCUGCUGCAGGUGAGCGAGCUUACACCUGCACCGUGUGUGUGUCUUCAACACGAAUACAUGGCGGUGGAGGUGCUGGUGCGAUCCACAGCACAGCAGUACGACCCUGAGGUGCUGCUGCAGGUGGCGUUUGACCGGCUGGGAAGCAUGUCGAUGGCGACCAUAGCGAGGCAGCGCACUCUCCCAUCCUUCUCCACUCCUCUUCCCCACCCUCUCCACUCCUCCCCAUCCCUCUCCACCCCUCUGCGCCCCCACCAGGUGGCGUUUGACCGGCUGGGAAGCAUGUCGAUGGCGACCAUAGCGAGGCAGCGCACUCUCCCAUCCUUCUCCACUCCUCUUCCCCACCCUCUCCACUCCUCCCCAUCCCUCUCCACCCCUCUGCGCCCCCACCAGGUGGCGUUUGACCGGCUGGGAAGCAUGUCGAUGGCAACCAUAGCGAAGCAGCGGCGGCGGCAGAAGGUGACGGUGAUAGCAGCACUGGAGCUCCGCCAGCAGCGCGUCGCCUCCUACACCUCCACCCUCCAGGAAGAAGAAGAGGAGGACGAGCAGCAGCAGUCGAUGCGGAUCAGCUCGGCAUCUGCUGUGGACCUGUGCUCUCACUCCCCUCCACGCCCACGCACGGCCCUGGUGCACUCGCAGACGCAAGCCGGUGUUGCUGGGCCGAAGAGUUUCCGGAGUAUGAGUCACAGCACCCACCAGCACCAGCAGCAGCAGCAGCAGCAGAUUCGGUCGCUGGGGAAGCUGAGAGCGGUGGCGGUGACUGCAUCGAUGCAUGUGAGUGCAGCCAUGGCUGCUGUUGCUGAGAAAGCGUCGGUGCGGCGGCACCUGAAGAAAUACCAGCAGAGGCAGCGACCUGCAGAAAGAGAGCUUACUCGCACCGCGUCGUUGUGA